UCUACUUUUACAAGUUAAGAAAAACCGAGUGAUUCGAAGAAGUUCACUUUUUUGCGACGAUAUCACAGCCUUUUUCAUUCAAACGAUUCAAUCUUGUACUUUUGACGUCACAAUUAAGCUCGUGCUGAUAUUCCAGGGGGGUAUAAACCAGAAAAUAAUCCCAAUUCACCAAAGUAAUUUCUUAAUUCUUUCUUAAUUUCUUCAAGAAACCUGCCUCAAAAUUUGCUUGAAUAUGGUGGAUUAUAGCAAGUGGGAUCAUAUCGAGAUUGUGCAGUGUAUUGUUCAGAUGUGCUUCGUGCAAACAGUGACUUUGUCAGCGAUGAUGAGGAUGAAACCCACCCAAAUAUUGAUACCCCAAGUUUGUUUCGUUGGAGACAUCAAGCAAGAGUGGAAAAAAUGGAUGAACUGAAGAAAGAAAGAGAGACUGUCGACAGUGAAGCAAAAAUGUAUGAAAACAGGUUGCAAGAAGUUCAGGAAAAAUUGAAGGGUGCACAGCUGUCUGAAAAAACAAAAGAUAUUGAGAAAUACAAGGAAGAUCUUAAACAAAUUCAGCAACAGGAAGAUCAUUUCAGAAAGAAGGAAUUGGAGCUGGCAAAGAAAGAAAAAUUACAGCCAUGGAAUGUUGAUACUCUCAGUAAAGAUGGCUUUAGUAAAACAAUUAUCAACAAACCGAAAAGUAAACAAGAAGAAAAAUUAACAGAAGAGGAGAAAUGGAAAAGAUCUCAACAAUUUAUGGAUAAAUAUGAAAAAGAGAUCAAGAAAUUUGGAAUGCUUCAUGAAUACCACGACUCAAAGGAUUAUCUAUUACAAAACAUUCAGUUGGUUGGGGAAGACACAGCAAACUAUCUCACAUUAUGGUGUGUCAACCUUGAAGUUGAAGAGAAACACGACUUGAUGAAGAGAGUUGCUCAUCAGACUAUCAUCAUGCAAUAUUUAUUGGAACUCAGUAAAACGCUCGAAGCAAGUCCACCACAAACAGUGAGCCUGUUUUUCACAAGAAUGGCAAAGGCAAAAACGGAUUUCACAGAUUACAUUCAGGCGUUUGAAGAUGAACUUGCUUCAUUUAUUGAGAGGGUUGAAGGGAGAGCAAAAGCUAGAAUUGAAAAGGCCCAAGCAGAGGCAGAAGAGGAGGAAAGAUUAGAGCGGGAAAAGAGACUUGGACCAGGAGGUUUAGAUCCUGUUGAAGUAUUUGAAUCGUUGCCUGAGACUGUACAAGAAUGUUUUGAGAAGAAAGACAUACCAAUGCUACAGAAAGUAUUAGGAGAACUCCCGGAAGAAGAAGCGAGAUAUCAUCUUAAGAGAUGUGUUGAUUCAGGCCUAUGGAUACCCAACGCUAAAGAUGCCAAGCCCGACCUGCAGCCUCAGGAGCCUGAGGAGAAAUAUGACGAGCCAGAUGAGCCAUGAUGUCACAGGUUAGCACGUGAUGUUAACAUUCGUCUACUUCUAUAUUGUGUGGUGCACUAAAAUUUUGUCAACUGUGUAAUUGUAUAUUAGUAAAGUUUUCUUUACUAUUAAUGAUAAUAACUUGCAUGGCACAAGUAAACAUCGGGCUGGAUAAGUGGGCCCGAGUUGUUAGUCUGCAUUUAUAACAAUUAUUGUCUGAAUGGUGGAAAUUUCGAGUAACGAGAACGGUUGCGAAAAUGACCUCUAAAAUUUUUCGACAGAAAUCAAAUUUGGGGCCCAAAUUGAUGUAUAAAUUAGAUCACUAUACUGCAUCCAAAGUUCAGUGGUCAAAGCGCUUAGUCUCAGGUUUAUUUAUGUCCAAUGAACAUGGGACGCAUUUCUCGCACCCUUUGUCGUCUUGAAAUUUAUGGUUAUUUAUAAUUAUUGACACACUCGAAACCUUCAUCAUUAUAAUUUCUUCCCUAAUAUGAUAAUCUAAAGAGAUGCACAGGGUCGUGCCGGGUGCCGCUAAACCUAGGAUGUUUAUUUGUCACAAAGAAUAAUUAGACAGAUCUGGAAUUAGUAAGAUCUCUUGUCUUAAUAAGCGAAGUUCAGAUUUGACUACUGCUACGUUCAAGGAAACAUAGACCAAUCAAAUGUGAUACUUCUAUCAGAUUGACCAAUCACAGGUCAAUCACAAGCGUUAUUCAUUAUGGUAAAUUGACAGGUCAUAUCGGGCGGCAGGACGUCUUGGAGAGAGAUAUCUUUUUGUGUUCUUCAAUGUCUUUUCAAGUGCCUUUGAAAUCGAUUUUUUUUUAAUUCAAGCAAGCUAUUGCACUUACAAAAAAAAUUCGUCGGGUAGAACUGAAUAUAUGAAUACCCCCUCCCCUCGUUAUCGUUCUAGUUUCGGCCCUGCACCCGAACGAACCCUACAAAAAUAUUUACACAUUUAGCAUUUCAAGGGCAACACAGAUGCAGGAGUUGCAUGAGAGGCAUUUUGCCAACAAAAUGUUGUCACCUUGUACUAUGCAAAGUUUUUACUUUCUCAAGUUUCGCUGCAAACUUAGGCCAUCAUUAAGGAUUUAAGGUUGACACAGACCGAACGCGAUGCGAAUUUUCAGUUUUCAGAAGCAUAUAAAUUAAAUUCUGGAAGUAAAUUUGGAAUCUAUGGACACCAGAA